AUGCCUCCACAUAUUUUUGCAGUAACGGACGAAGCUUACCGAAAUAUGUUACAAGAAAGAGAGGACCAGUCUAUACUUUGCACUGGUGAGUCUGGCGCUGGCAAAACGGAGAACACUAAAAAAGUGAUUCAGUACCUCGCAUACGUUGCUGGAACGAGAUCUCAUAAGCACUUUGGUGGCCAUCAUGCGGAUAUCAGCGGAAACAUUGGUCGCUUGGAAGAGCAGCUUUUGCAAGCCAAUCCCAUUUUAGAAGCAUUCGGAAACAGUAAAACAAUCAAAAACGAUAACUCUUCUCGUUUUGGCAAGUUUAUAAGAAUCCAAUUUGAUGCGACUGGCUGUAUAUCUGGUGCUAAUAUCGAAUUUUACCUGCUAGAAAAAUCUCGGGUUCUCCGACAAUCAUCCAUGGAGAGAUGUUUUCACAUGUUUUAUCAACUUUUGCAUGGAGCAAGCUCGCAUCAAAGAGAAUCACUAUUACUGGAGCGAAGCGCUGACAGCUAUCACUUCCUGUCCAAUGGAGAUCUAACAUUGCCGGGUGUCGAUGAUGCUGUGGAAUUCAAUGAGACAAUGAAUGCCAUGAGAAUUGUCGGGUUUCAGGACUCAGAAAUACAAGCCAUACUUCGAAUUGUAUCAGCGGUUAUGCUGUUCGGUAAUGUGCAGUUUUCACAAGACAGCAGAUACUGCGAUCAAGCAGUUCUCGUUAAUGAUGCAGUGGCCCAGAAAAUCUGCACACUUCUUGGAUUGAACCUUGCUGAAGUCAUGAAAGCAUUUCUCAAGCCCAAAAUCAAAAUGAGUCUAUUCGUGGGACGAGAGUACGUUCAUCGCAGCCAAAAUGAGGAGCAAGCGAAGUUCUCUGUUGAGGCCAUCUCAAAAGCUAGUUAUGAGCGACUGUUCAGGUGGCUGGUUCAGCGUCUUAAUAAGUCUCUAAAUCGUACAUGGCAGCAUGCAGUUUCGUUCGUGGGCAUUCUGGAUAUUGCAGGUGAUUUGCAGCCAUCUAUGGGAGUUCUUUCGACUUUGGAUGAUGUGUGCCUUUUCCCGCAAGGGAAUGAUGUAGGAUUUGUAGAAAGGCUGGCUGCACAACACCAGAAUCACCCCAAAUAUAUAGUACCCGAAAUGAGAUCUAAGAGCGAUUUCGCCAUUGUGCACUAUGCAGGAAGAGUUGAUUAUCAAGCGAAAGGAUGGCGCGUGAAGAAUAUGGAUCCUUUGAAUGAAAAUGUAGUCGAUUUAUUACAACUUAGCAAAGAUCCUCUUGUCUGCGAAAUUUGGAAAGAUGGUAAAAAAAUUUGCCUUAAAGUAACCGUUAUCGCUUGCGAAAUUUAUUAUUUCUUGUUAGUGAGUGAUAUGUGCUGUAUGGGAGCGGGAGAAGUUGACGAGGCUGCAGCUGUCUUUGGAGCCCGUGUCAAGAAGGGAAUGUUCCGC